AUGCAACAAUUUGUGCCUCUUGAGCAGUACCCUCUGGACAUACUGAGUUUGGUGAUAAGCAGAGAUAUAAAUGAAUGUGCCAUUGACAAUGGUGGUUGUCAAGGGAAAUGCUGUAACACAAUUGGCAGUUAUUACUGCAAAUGUCAAGAUGGCCAGGAGCUGGAGGAAGAUGACAAAGGAUGUAAAGAUGUCGAUGAAUGUGCGGUGGUGAAUGGAGGCUGCCAGCAGCGCUGUAUUAACACUCCGGGCACCUUCCACUGUGAAUGUGAUACUGGAUACAGGCUCCAUGCUGAUGAACGCACCUGCAUAAAGGUGAACCCUUGCACAGGUGAGAAUGGAUGUGCCCACAUCUGUCAGAGUGAAAAUGGUGUGAUCAUUUGUUCCUGUCACCCAGGGUACCAACUAUCUGAAGAUAGAAAGACGUGCAGAGACAUAAAUGAGUGUGCUGAAGGACUUGCUCACUGUAGCCAUGAUUGUGUGAACACCAACGGCUCUUUCACUUGUACCUGCCAACCUAGCUUUGAGCUUGGAGCUGAUGGAAAACAGUGUUACAGAAUUGAGUUGGAAAUCGUCAAUAGCUGUGAAAAGAACAAUGGUGGUUGUACCCAUCACUGUGAGCAUGCAGUUGGUGGACCUCACUGCUUCUGUGACCAGGGACAACAGCUUGACUCAGAUGAGAAGACUUGCAGAGAUAUUGAUGAAUGUGAAAAUGGAGAGUCCUGCUGUGACCAGAUCUGUAUCAACUAUCUAGGAGGCUAUGAAUGUGGUUGUUCAGAAGGUUUUCGGCUCAGUUCUGAUGGUUGCCGAUGUGAUGAUGUGGAUGAGUGUCUGGAUGCCAAUUUAGUCUGUGACCAACUCUGCAUUAACUCUGUGGGAACAUACGACUGUUCUUGUGAAGAAGGCUACAGAAUUGGAAGUGAUGGGAAAACUUGCAUCUCUUUAGAUGAUGAUCACCUAGAGGAAGAAGAGCAAUUAGAAGUUGUGAGAUUUCCGCGCCUUCUUUUCAAGAGUCGACCUCAACUGCUUCAUUAUGUUCCUGGCUCUCUGCCUCCCACCUACCAAAAUGAAGAAGAUGAGGAUGAGAAAGGAAAAGAUGUCUACAGAAAACUGACUUCCUUGCUCAAAGUUGGAUGCCCAAAAGGAUUCUUUGGGAAGAACUGCAAAAGAAAUUGUAACUGUGCCAACAAUGGUCAUUGUCACAGGGUGCAUGGAGCCUGUAUGUGUGAGCCAGGACGCUAUGGGAGGUUUUGUCAUCUGAGCUGUCCCAAGGGGGUCUAUGGAGCCGGCUGCUCUGCUGAGUGCCAGUGUGUGGAAGAGAACACUCUGGACUGCGAUGCCAAAAAUGGCAGUUGCACCUGCAAAUCUGGUUACCAAGGCAACAGAUGCCAGAAAGGAUGCCCUGAAGGCACUUAUGGUCCACAUUGUCAAAAGAUAUGUAAGUGCUUGAAUGGUGGCGGCUGUGAUACUACAAUUGGCACCUGUGACUGCCCUCCUGGCUUUAUUGGGGCUGACUGCAAUCAAACUUGUCCUGAAGGUUACUAUGGGCAGAACUGUACUCAGGUGUGUUCCUGUGGCUCAGGACAGUGCAACCCGGCUACUGGAGAGUGCCAGUGUCCACCUGGCCAAUUGGGAGCAAGGUGUCAGCAAGGUUGUCCGCAAACAAGGUAUGGUCCAAAUUGUGAUCUCAAAUGUACCUGCAUAAAUGGUGGGAUUUGCAAUCCUGUGGAUGGAAGCUGUACCUGUGGUCUCGGAUGGACAGGAAGUGAUUGCAGAAAACUUUCCUUUUCAGAAUGUUCUCCUCAUCAUUAUGGCCCAGAUUGCCGUUUCAAUUGCACAUGUCAGAACAAUGGAAUUUGUAACAGGUUUUCUGGAAGCUGUGAGUGCCUUCAAGGAUACUAUGGAAUACAGUGUGAACACGCAUGCCUUCCUGGAUUUUAUGGCUUGAAUUGUGCUCACAUCUGUGACUGCAAAAAUGGAGCCAGCUGCAAUACAGCAAGUGGACUGUGCAUUUGCCCAGCAGGUUUCCAUGGCACCCGGUGUGAAAAAGGUAGAGUGAAGUGUUUACCUGGAAUGUUUGGAGUCAAUUGCCAUCAACGAUGUGACUGUGAAGGGGGAAGUCUCUGCCACCCAGCAACAGGAAACUGUCUCUGUCCACCUGGGAGAACUGGAGCUAGAUGCAGUGUUGAAUGCCAGUUUGGUCGUUAUGGACCUGGCUGUGUCCUGCAGUGCCAGUGUGAACACGGAGCACCGUGUGACCCUGUCACCGGCAGCUGCAUUUGUUCCGGUCAGAGGAUGGGCCCAACCUGUGAGGAAAAUGGUUUGGAUUAUCUUCAGUAACCAAAUGCUAACAGCUUUUCCAUGGGUGAAGAGAAUUUUACCCAGGUUCAACCACUUUUCAUCAACUGAACUUUAACAGAGAAAUGUACUUACUCAACUUUCCGAAAUUCAGUCUUGCCUGUUCUGAGGUGAAAAACAACAGGACAUUUCAACUUUAUGGCCUCCAAGUUUAAGUUCCUCAUGCUACUCUACCCCUCUUAACUUCCUUCUGCUGAGGAACAUAACCAAGAGAGAGAGUGUUUUUUCAAGAUCCCAACUGCAUUAACAUUUUGGACUAAUAAAUGAACCUUUCUUUAUUAUGCACAGACGGUAUUUAAAUUUGGACUUAGCACUGCUUUUCAGCUCAUGUUGGACUGCACUGAAAUAUUCACACCUAUUCACUGAAGACCUCAGUGGCCAUUAAGUAGCUGGAUCCUCUUUUAAAAUGUCUAGAAUUUCUUCUCUUUAUUCUCAGUAUCCUGCUUCACAGCUAAGUCUGCUUCAGAUUCUUAAUGUAUUACAUUUCAAACAUGACUUUUGGUGUGGUAAACUAUUAAGGCUUUAUCCACAUAAUGAUCAGGGUGAAAGUCUGACAGGUUCAUUGACAAUAUAUCAUCAGAAGUUUUUGUGGUGGUCAGCACAUAGGGAAAAAGGGAAUAGAAGCAAUCAAGGUAAACACGCUUUUCUGGGAAAGAUGAAUUUCCUUAGAGUAGAGCCUGGUUGGAAUUCCUAUUUCAAUGGGUAAUUUUGACACAAAUUGUUUAUAAUUUAAGCCACCUCUAAUAGCCAUUUGUAAAGACAAGCCCAAUGCGAAGUCUAAGAAAGAUAUAGCAAUAAAUAUCAUUGUAUUUGUGUUCUCAAAUGUUUCUAAAUAUUUAAAAUUUAACACUAAUGGUUAUUUCACAUUAGAAAUAAAUAAUUUUCUUGAUAAAAAUACUAUUAUUCAUAAUAUGCAUGUAGUUGGAUUAAAAUAAACAAUAUUAAGUUUGUGACUUAUACAUUAAAAUCUGAAAAGCUUCAGGGUAAAAACUAAUUUUGGAUAAAAUUGACUAAUGAAUUUAAUGUAAACACUUGGUGUAAAACUUUUGGUAUAAUCCAUUCAAUAUAGUUUCUGAUCUUCACUUAACAUGUAUUUUUACACAUCUCGGGACAAAUUAUCAGAGAUACAGUGUACUAGAAAUAAGGAGCCAAAUGUA